UUGCUUUUAUGAACACCAGCUUGCAAUAAACUAUCCUCCCCGAGCUUCUCAUAUAUCAACUACACCACAAUAUUCUUCCACCAACUCCCACGAACACCACCAUCUUUUCCUCAUCAUGACCAUCUCAUCGCGCUGGUCGGUACCAAUUCCGCAAUGCUCCCUACAGAAAUGGGUCCUUGGGUCAGCCUGUGGCCCAAUCUCCGACCACAAAGCCUUCAUCGACCCAGACAAUCAUGAGACCAACUAUUUGACCAUGAGCGACUACCGUCUACUCUCAAAGCGCGUUGCCUUGGGCCUCCAGAAGGCAGGGCUCAAUAAGGGCGACCGGGUGCUCAUCUUCUCCGGCAACAGCCUCCUCUUCCCCUCCGUCUUCCUCGGCAUCCUCAUGGCCGGUGGCAUAGUGACCGGUGCCAACCCAUCAUUCGUUCCAAGGGAGCUGGCAUACCAGCUCAAGGACAGCGGAGCCAGCUUCCUGUUCGUCGCCGAGCACGCCGUGAAGACGGCCUUCGAGGCAGCAGCCGAGGUCGGUCUGCCCAAGGACCGCAUCUUCGUACUGGGGAACAGCACCGUGCCAGUCUCCCGCCUCGCACAAUCCCCCUCCCCGGGACCCGGCGCCAACGGCCGCGUGGACGGCGCGCGCCACUGGACCGAACUCCUAACCGGCAACCCCAGCCAAGCCGAAACCUGGAGCUGGGAGGAACCCUCCAACCCGGAAGAAACCACCUGCUGCCUCAACUACUCGAGCGGCACGACCGGCGUGCCCAAGGGCGUCGAGAUCAGCCACCACUCCUACGUGGCUAACGGCGUCGGCGUGGUGCACAUCAACAACCUGCGGCCAGACGCCGCCACCCGCCAAAAGUCCGAACGCGGCCUCGCCUUCCUCCCCUUCUACCACACCUACGGGCAGACCUACUUCAUCGCCAACCUCCCGCACCUCGGCAUCCCCGUCUACGUGAUGCCGUCCUUCGACUUCAUCAAGAUGCUGUCCCACAUCCAGCGCUUCCGCGUCACCACCUUGCCCGUCGUGCCGCCCAUCGUCGUCCUGCUCGCCAAGCACCCGGCCGCCCGCCAGUACGACCUCUCGUCCGUCGAGACCAUCGGCUCGGGCGCCGCGCCCCUGACAAGGGAGGUCUGCGAGGAGGCCGAGCGCCUCUUCCCCGCCGAGCGCGGGCUCGUCGUGCGCCAGGGGUGGGGCAUGACCGAGGUGACGUGUACCGCCAUCGCGUGGGACCCGACGUCGACGGUGGGUGGCUCCGCGGGCGUGGGCGAGGUGUACCCCAACUGCCGGGCGCGGCUGGUGGCGCUGGAUGGGAAGACGCCCGUGGAGGCGCCGAGGGUUACCGGGGAGUUGUGGGUUACCGGCCCGACGCUGAUGCGGCGGUAUUGGAACAAGCCCGAGGCGACGGCGGAGACGAUCGUGGUGGAUGCGGAGGGCACGCGGUGGUUGCGCACGGGGGAUAUCGCGUUUGUGGAGGAGUACAAGCCGGGGGCCAUCUUCCAUGUGGUGGACCGGGUGAAGGAGCUGAUCAAGGUGAAGGGAAACCAGGUGGCGCCGGCGGAGCUGGAGGGGGUGUUGCUGGACAGCCCGGACGUGGCAGACGCGGCGGUGGUCGGCGUGACGAUCGGGGGCGAGGAGGUGCCGCGGGCGUACGUGGUGCGGCGGCCGCAGUCGGCGGCGUCGGAGAAGGACGUGGCCGCGUGGAUGGAGGGCAAGGUGACGCGGUACAAGCGCCUCAAGGGCGGCGUCGUCUUUGUCGAUGCCGUUCCCAAGAAUCCGUCUGGAAAGAUACUCCGCAAGCAGCUUCGGGAUCGGGCAAAGAAGGAGGUGGGUGAUGGCGGACGGAAGCCGUCACGACUCUGAGCAAGCGAGUCUGUUUUAGAUAGACACACCCCUUCAACUUCUGCUGGA